AUUAGAUUGAGGAAGUUUGAUUGGUCAGCUAGCUCCCAGCUACGUCACUUCUUCUUGGUUGUCUUAUUUGGGUUAGCCGCAAGCAGAAAUUCGGAGAGAAGAGAGAGUCCGACGACCAAAACAAAACCCCCAACCUCUCUCUCUUUCUCACUAAUCUUCGUCUUCCUCAAUCAGAAUUCUGAAUCUGCUAAUUCCACCAUGAAGAGUUUUAGGGUUUUCUUCCUGGCUAUCCUACUCCUCGCCUCUCCCCUCCUCAAAGUGGCUAGGUCUGAUACGGAGGCUGAAGGAGUGGACGCAGCUGAAUCAGUUCAGUCUACUGAGGAAACUACUGAUCUCGGGAUCGUUGGUUCUGAAGCUGAUGCCCAAGAUUUUGGUGAUGAGAGUUUUAAUCCAGCACCCGGGGUUGAGACUGUUUGUGUUUUCCCCAAAAACAGUGCUAAAAUUAUACCUGCUGGACUGGAGUCUGAGCUUCUCGUUGGAGUGAAAAAUGAUGGAGAAUCUGACAUUAACGUCAUUGCAAUCAAGGCCAGUGUUCACCUUCCAUUUGAUCACAAUCUUCUUGUUCAGAAUCUCACUGCCCAGGCCUUCACCAAUGCAACUGUUCCGGCUGCAGGACAGGCUACCUUCCCAUAUAUUUUCGCAGUGAGCAAGUUUCUCCAGGCUGGUACCUUUGAUCUUGUUGGCACUAUCAUUUAUGAAAUAGAUCAGCAGCCUUACCAGAGCACCUUUUACAAUGGCACCGUCGAAGUUGUUGAAUCUGGUGGUUUCCUCAGCAUGGAGUCGGUGUUCCUCAUCUCUCUUGGAAGUGCACUCCUCGUCCUCUUUGGUCUAUGGGUUCAUGGUCAAAUACAGAACCUCUCUAAGAAAACUAAGAGGGCCCCAAAGGUGGAAGUUGGUACUGGGACUAGAGAUGCUUCAAUGGACGAGUGGCUUCAGGGCACUGCCUACACCCAGUCCAACAAACAAAAGAAGAAGAAAUAGGCGUCGGGUUCAGUUGAAACACAGGAGGGACUAGGGAGUGUAGUAACAUGCCGACUCUCGUAACUUAAAGUUUAGCAUUUGAAGAUGCCUCUGGAGAGAAGAGAACCCACGAGUUGCACGAACUAGUUGUGAAACUUAGGCCAGUAUAGAACUUGCCUAGCUGUUGUAGCAUGUGGAGGGUGCGGGGAAAAUGGAGUUUAAGGAUGAACUCUUUUUUUUUUCUUUUUCCUACUUUACUGUUUUUUCUGGACAAUUUUGAUAGCAGAGUGAGUCCUUGAAGAGAACUAACUGUGCUUUUGAGGUAGGCUGGUUAUAAAUUUUACUGAAAGUUUGAAAAGAAUUUUCUUGUUUCGAAAUUGCUUCAUCUUCUUCGUUGUUGCCCAAUGCCAAUAUCAGAAUGUAGCAGCUUGUCUAGGUUUUCGAUGUUUGCUUAUAUGGAUCUAUCUGUGGAUUCCGAAAGCCUAGAAUUCGGU